AUGACAACAACAAUUAAAAAUCUUCAUAUGUAUAGAAAUUUAAUUAGAGCAAGUAAAUUGUUUUUUAUGCAAUCAAGAAAAGAACGUUGUGUUUCAUCAUUCUUCACUAAAACAAUUCAACAAAAAUAUAGAGAAAAUAAAAAUGUAACAGAUAAAAGAAAAUUAGUAGAUUUAGAAAUUGAAGCAGAUAAAGUUUAUUCAAAUUUUAAAGAUAUUUUAGAAAAUAAAUAUUUAACUAAAUAUCCAUGUUCAAUUAAUAUAGUACCAGAUUAUGUAGAAAAGUCAAAAGUUUUAUUAUCAACUAAAUCACAAGCCAAAAUGAAAUCAAAGAAAUGGGGUUUAUUCGAUAGAUUAAAGGUUAUUUUUACAAAUGAGGAAAAAUAA